AUGGAAGUUGGCUCAGGAAAGAAUGCUGCAACGAUUGAAUAUGUCGAACUCAAGCGGCAAGUCAAAGACAAACAUCUGCUGCUGGUGCCGCCCUUUGACAAGGCUCAGUUUGAGGACGGACUGAAAGCAAUUGUCAAGUACUGCUUCUUGCUUGCGACAGCAUCGAAUCUUCACCAGUUCACCAACCAUUGUAUUCCUUGGAACGUCACCUUCGAAGAGCAUAUGCGGGGCAUAUGUGAGCGACUUGGAACCGCCGAUUCACAGGAGGGUUCUUCCGUCCCGGAGUCAGAGGAUGGAGCAGGGAGCGAGCGGAGCGAGGAAGACAUCCAGCAGACUCAGUUGAAUAGCUCGGUCGGCUCUGCAGCUCAGGGCCUCGCCCUUCCAGAGUUGCUCUUCGUGGUUACGAACGCACGACUAACACUGAACAGUGCAUUUGCUGCUCAGGAGGCGAAUAGAACAGGCGUAUUAAACCCGGACGUGCUGCUAGAGGACUUCUUAAGGGCUGUAGAUUAG